CAGCACCGGUUCAUGGGAUUUCAGUCCAGUCAAAGAGUAUGAAUUGAUGGUGUGUUCACUGAGUGGCAGCGAAGCAGACAGGCUAAAUCAUGAUUUGGCUCUGGAUUUUAACUUUGGCCAUCGGUGUUAACAGAGUAUUUAGCGGCCCUCGAUUCUCUCAGGAGCCUGCAGAUCAAUCCGUUGUGGUUGGGGAGAGAGUGGUUCUGUCCUGUGUAGUGUUUAACUACACCGGCAUUGUACAGUGGACUAAAGAUGGGCUUGCUCUUGGCAUCGGAGAGGACCUGAGGGCAUGGCCUCGGUAUCGUGUAUUGCGUAUCAUGGAUGUUGGACAGUAUAACUUAGAGAUCACAUCGGCAGACCUGUCGGAUGACUCGCUGUAUGAGUGUCAGGCCACUGAAGCUGCUCUGAGGUCCAGAAGAGCCAAACUGACUGUUCUGAUCCCCCCUGAAGGUCCUGUAAUUGAGGGCUCUCCAGAGAUCCUGUUGACUGCAGGAACCUCAUAUAACCUCACCUGUGUGUCUAGAGGAGCGAAGCCAAUGUCAACCAUAGAAUGGUACAAAGAUGGGAUUAUAGUAGAGGGAGCCCAUACCAGCACUGAGCUGUUAGCAGACAGGAAGAGGGUGACCACACGCAGUUUUCUGGAGAUCCAGCCAGUGGACAAAGACACAGGACGAAAUUUAACCUGCAUAGCUUCAAACCUGGCCGCCCCUCUAGGGAAAAGAGCCACUGUCACUCUCAACAUCCACCAUCCUCCCACAGUCAUUCUGUCGAUCGAGCCUCGCUCUGUUUUAGAAGGAGAGAGAGUUACGUUUACCUGCCAGGCCACUGCCAACCCUCCCAUUAUGGGCUACAGGUGGGCUAAAGGAGGUGUGAUUCUGGACGGAGCAAGAGAAAGUGUGUUUGAGACGACAGCAGAUCACUCAUUUUUCACUGAGCCUGUAUCCUGCCUGGUCUUUAAUGCAGUGGGCAGCACUAAUGUCAGUAUAUUGGUGGACGUUCACUUUGGUCCAAUUCUGGUGGUGGAGCCAAGGCCUGUAACUGUUGAUGUUGACUCUGAUGUCACACUCAACUGUAAGUGGACAGGAAAUCCUCCCCUCACUCUCACAUGGACCAAGAAGGGCUCUAGUAUGGUCCUCAGUAAUAGUAAUCAGUUAUUCCUGAAGUCUGUGAGUCAGGCGGACGCAGGGCAGUAUGUUUGUAAAGCUAUCGUGCCCAGAAUUGGCGUCGGUGAGACUGAGGUCACACUAACUGUCAAUGGACCUCCAAUUAUCUCAAGCGAGCCAAUCCAGUAUGCCGUGAGAGGAGAGAAGGCAGAAAUCAAAUGCUACAUUGCCAGCACCCCUCCACCAGACAAAAUUGUUUGGGCCUGGAAGGAGAAUGUGUGGGAAAAAGAGAGAGGGACGCUGUUAGAGAGGUACACAGUGGAACAGAGCAGACCUGCGUCACAGGGGGGCGCUGUUCUCUCCACUCUCACCAUCAAUAGCAUCAUGGAAUCUGACUUCCAGUCUACUUACAACUGCACUGCAUGGAACACUUUUGGACCAGGAACCAUGAUCAUCACCCUAGAGGAGACAGACAUAGUGCCUGUAGGUGUGAUAGCAGUUGGAUCUGUUGGAUCUUCCAUUCUGCUUCUUCUCCUCCUGUUUGCUCUGAUAUUCUAUCUUUAUCGUCAACGCAAAGGCAGACGUCGUGGAGUCACGUUGAAGCCAGACAUUAAGGUGGAAACGGUCAACAAGGAGACACACAAUCUUGAGGAGGAGACCGCCAGCGCCUCCACAGCAACGCGGAUGGUAAAGGCUAUGUAUUCCCCUUUCAAAGAUGACAUGGACAUGAAGCAAGACUUACAAAGUGACACACUGGAGCCAAAGGUGGAGGAGUAUGAGCCCAAGGACCCCACUAAUGGCUACUACAACGUUCGAGCUACGACGCAUGAUGAGGUUCGCACCUCGACCCGCUCCCUGCUGUAUCAAGAAUUCCGACCACCUAAUCCUGCUUCAGUUUCCGCUUCAGCCGGCAGCUCAGUGACCAACAUACACCCCACGCCCACCGGCCGUUACGAGCCUCGCCCGGCUUCUCGAAUGGCACACAACACUUACGUCCAUUUUAACACCAUUGCCAGGGCGUCACAAAUCCAAGCCCCUCCCAACCCCAUCUCCAAGGCCACAGACUAUUCUGGAGAGCGUGGUCUGCUGGAAUCAACCAAUCCACUUGCUUUUGACAGCUAUGCUUAUUCAACGACACCUCAGUACAGGAUGGGGUUUGCCCCACCUUUGGAGGCAGGACCAGCCUAUGAAAUGUAUCCUACGGGACAGGGGACAAGUCAAGUGGUGGGGCAAGACACUGGUGUAGGAAAAUACACCAGCUCCGCCCAAUAUCCACAUUCAACCCCUCCUACGGAGAACUCUCAGAGACACACGCAGAGAAUGCAGACUCAUGUGUGAGACACACACUUUCUAUCACAUGAUGCACUUCCCUGGAUGCAAAUACGUACGUAGUACACAGAGGUUGUGUUCUCAUUUUACACACCAGUCCGUCAAGCAGUUAUGGUCCCAAACUCUCUCUCCAUCAACAAUGU